AUGAGCACUGUCAUUACUCCCAAAUCGAAAGGACGGUUCUACGCUCGGCUUGUGGUGUCGGCCCACGUCCGUUCUAGUGCACGCUCCCUUGGGUUCACUGACCACCAUCUUGAACAUGUGAUUGUCGAUUCUGAUUGUGUGAAGACCGUGGCUAAGAAGAAGACCGAGUCCAAGGAUAUCAACACCAAGGGUGUCGACCCCAACGAUCUCAAGAUCGAGAUCAAGACGGAGGCUGCUAUUGAGAGAGAGCAGAGCAUGAGCCUGGAGGGAUGA